AUGGAUAAGUAUAUUAAAAAAAGUAGCAAAUACCUCAGGGCGGGAAUUCUCCCAAACAGAGCAACGAAAGUGAAGAAGGACAGCGCAAGCACUGCGAGCCCUAGAUUGCGGAGGGCUCCCAUGGUUUGUGUCCUAACUCCUCAGGGGCACAUCGAGAGUGCUGAAGUCAAACGGCGGCUAGCAACAGCAAUUCCAGAUACUUCAACGGUUGGGGGUCUGGGCCUUCAAAGGCCCAUUUGGAGACCUGAUUAA